GAAACCCUGUACUCGACUAGCCGCCAUCUUUACUUACAGCGAGUUGGUGUCGCAAAAUAAAACCCACUUUUUCAUGCUUUCUGCAGCAGAACAGAGCUGUUAAAGUCACCACAUUGGGUCGCGCUUUGCACUUGGCAGGUUUAAAGAGGAGCAGCGGGAGCGGAGUCCCUCAGACCGUGCAGCAGCAGCAGCAGCCCCGCAGCGCCAUGGGCCGCUCACGCAGCCGCAGCUCGUCCCGGUCCAAACACUCCAAGAGCAGCAAGCACAGCAAGAAGCGCAGCCGGUCCCGGUCCCGCUCCCGGGACAAGGAACGGGCCAAGAAGCGCUCCAAGUCCCGCGAGGCCAAGCGGAACCGGCGCCGGGAGUCGCGGUCCCGCUCCCGGUCCGCCACGGCGGCGUCCCGCCGGGAGAGAGCCGCGUCCCCGCCGGAGCGCAUCGACAUCUUCGGCAGGACGCUCAGCAAGAGGAACGCCCUGGACGAGAAGCAGAGGAAGGAGGAGGAGGAGAGGAAGGCGGAGAUGGAGCGGCAGAGGAAGAUUUUUUCCGUUCCGCCUCUCUGCAGCCGGCAGCAGGAGAUCGAGGAGAAGCUGAUCGAGGAGGAGACGGCGCGGCGAGUGGAAGAGCUUGUGGCCAAGAGGGUGGAAGAGGAGCUGGAGAAGCGCAAGGACGAGAUCGAGCGGGAGGUGCUGCGGCGCGUGGAGGAGGCCAAGCGUAUCAUGGAGCGGCAGCUGCUGGAGGAGCUGGAGAGGCAGCGGCAGGCCGAGCUGGCGGCGCAGAAGGCCAGAGAGGAGGAAGAAAAAUCUAAACGGGAGGAGCUGGAAAAAAUCCUGGAGGAGAAUAACCGCAAGAUCGCCGACGCUCAGGCCAAGCUGGCCGAGGAACAGUUGCGUAUCGUGGAGGAGCAGAGAAAGAUCCACGAGGAGCGCAUGAAACUGGAGCAGGACCGUCAGAAGCAGCAGAAGGAGGAGCAGAAAAUCAUCCUGGGCCGGGGCAAGUCCAGACCCAAGCUGUCCUUCUCCCUCAAGGCCACCGAAUGAGACUGCCCCCCCCCCGCCCCCAUCCCUGCGCCGCUCCCUGCCGUCACCUCCAUCCUGCUCCCCUCCUCAUGGUCCGGCCCCGCUCCUCGUCGUCCUCUGCGGGAACGCUCGCUUCGUUUUGGAAGUGCUGGAGGAAAACUUGGGAAAGGGGGACAUCUCGGCGUGCUGACUAGCUCGUCCCCUCGAAGGCCGCCGCAGUGCCCCCCCCUCGUCCGGAAGAGGAGGCGGCUCUCGGCCCAUGAAGAACCUGACUGCUCCCCGCCACCUCCCCCGCCACAGAUGACUCGUUAUUUCUCCCUCUUUGUUUUUGUUUCCUUGGGUUUAUGUUCACUCUCUGGGGACCUCGGAACUUUGAUGUAGUUGCUGUAACAUGUUCUUAGCUGAAGUCUUAACUCUGGUGUCGACCCGCGUCCCCCGUCAGCACACCACAACCCGGCAGCGCUCCGGCGUCCGUGCCGUUCCCCGGCCCAGCCUGGGAGUCAACCUGCAGCUUUCUCCUCGCCGGUUUCUUUAUUUAUUUUCUUAAGUAAGAGCAUCACCUGGCCGUCGUCGUGGUAACAGAUCACAGUGAAGCCUUAAAAAGCACAGUGAGCUUUGUUAGGUUUGUCUUCCACUCCUCUGCACCUCCCGCUGCGCUCACCAGCUUCCUUUCUCACCGCUCCACCUCCAUCGACAUACAUUUUAUUUAAGAGCUUUUCCGGCGUGUUUCCGAAACAUGGAAACGUGGCUCUCGUGUCAGAUCUGAGGCGUCUGCUGCGCAGGUGAACUCCCAGGCUGCCUCCGGCAGGAAGCAUCUGCUCUGUGCUCAGGGCCGACGGACGAGCGGCGCUCUGGUUGUGGUGUGCCGACUCCCGCUGUCCCUCCUCCGGGUUCAGGCGGUGUUACGAUCCAUGAUUUCAAAAGAAAACGUCACAGUGAUGGUAAAAACUUGAGCUUUGUUUUAUUCGACUCAGCGACUUCUGUCCCGCCGUGUUUUAGUCAGUUAACCUGCCGCUCUCGGUGAGUCUUGAUUCGUAGAGGAUGCACGAGUUCAGGUAAGACGAGGUUUGAGGUCUGUGCGUGUCUGUGAGUGUGUGUGCAUGUGCGUGCGUGUGUGUGUGUGUGUGUGUGUGUGUGUGUGUUAGAGAGAGUGACUGACAGACUGACCUCUGGUGGGUAUCAUAACUUUAUUAUGUGGAAUUUUUUGAAUUUGUCAUGUGACUUCCUCCACUUGUCAAGGGACUGAACAGAUCAAUAAAUCCAUCGAAUGCC